AAAAAAACAUCAGAAAUGUCCGUUUCAUCAUCGGAAAUGGCAGUUUUUCAUUGUGCGUCAUCAUUUCGUGUGUAAAAGAUUUCAUUAAAAUGACAUAAAUUACAACAUUCUUUCAAUAUUUUUUAAGCUACUGGGUCUAUAGAAGUUGCCACUAAGAAAAGCCGACAGCGCUAACGGAUAUCCGAUUGUUUCGAUUUAUGUGAAACAUUCUUCUUGUAUUUUUGCACAUGUCUGUUUUCGAUGACCAUGAAAUUAAAGUCUCAGUUGAUUAAUUUUUCCUCUUAGCUAACAAAAUCGGUGUCAAUGUUGAAGCAUAAUUAUGCAUUAGUAAAGCCUUUACUUGAAGAAUUAAUGUCUAUGGGAUUAUUGAUCAAAUUUAACAAUGGCGUUCAAUCUGGUAAAAACAAAAGUGCUCUGCUGGUCAAAGAACAUUAUGAAGCUCCAACACCUGUCACAAGAUCGGCAGCAGCUAAAAGUUUAACAACAAUCAAAAAGAGACAAAAGAAAAACUUGAAAAUGUCACCGAACAAUGGAACAAACACAAUUCUUCGAUAUUUUCGUAGGAUUACUAAAGAAAUCAAUGCUCAAUCGGAAACAAAUGGUGAAGAACCAUCGAGACAAAAUGACGAUUGUGAAAUUAUCUCGUGUUUAUCAGUUCAUGGGAAAUUGAAUACUAAUGAUUUAAUUCCACCAAUAAAUUCGUCAUCAUCAUCAAUAAUGAAAACAGCAACUUCAUCUUCUACAGAAUUGACGUCAAAAUACUUCCGUAAUGCUCUUGUACCUCGACCUUUGCCACGUAUCACUCGUUUAUCAAAUGGAAAUUCUACAUCACUUCAAGAUGAUAAACAACAACAAAUAUCUGAUAAAAAUGAACAGUAA